UACUUUUCUCCUAAUGGAAUCCCUUAAAAUUUUCCCUCACGUAAAUCGUUUCAUUCACUUUUAUGGACAUGACAUACCCAUUCCAUCCUAAUUAGAGAAAAAGCGAGGAACGCCGCCUCACCAUAAAUCCGACAGCAGGCCGCCAUCGCAAGAGAGAACACCACAGAUCCCUCUGCCGCAUACCCAAGCCAAUGUCAGCCAAGGACUGCGACGACCAUGGGGACAGGCGCCGCAAGUUGUUCCGCCGCCUGUGCGCGGGCUUGCUGGUCUUCAACCUCAUCCUGCUGGUCAUCGUCCUGCUGGUGUGGGCCAUCCUGAGGCCGCACAAGCCCCAGUUCGUGCUGCAGGACGUGACCAUUUACAACCUCAACGCCUCCGUCCCCAACUUCCUGACCACCAGCAUCGGGGUGACCAUCUCGUCCCGCAACCCGAAUGACCGGAUCGGGGUCUACUACGACAGGGUGGGCGUGUUCGCGACCUAUAACAACCAGCAGAUCACCCUCCGGUACCAGAUCCCGCCGUCCUACCAGGGCCAUAAGGAGGUCGACAUCUGGUCCCCAGUCCUCUCCGGCAACUCCGUUCCGGUGGCACCCUACAACUCCUUCGCCUUGAACCAGGAGCAGGCGGGUGGGGCCCUGCUGCUGAUGAUCAAGAUAGAUGGACGGGUGAGAUGGAAAGUCGGGACCUUCACCUCCGGCCGCUACCACAUCUACGUGAAAUGCCCAGCUUACAUCAGCUACGGCAGCAAGAAUAACGGCAUCGUCGUCGGCGGUAACGCCGUCAAGUACCAGAUGGUCCAGAAGUGCAGCGUCAGCAUAUGAUCAGUAUGAGCAUGAGACGGACACGCCGUCAAGGAUCAUCUCACCACCGUUAAGAGGCUCGUAUUCCUAUAUAAAUAUAUAUAUAUAUAUAUAUAUAAAUCUUUCAGUAAUCUCUGUAUAUUAAAGAAACGCGAACGUAAGUUCAUGCUUCCGAAUUGUAUACAGUCGGUUGACCAAACCGUAAUAUCAUAACUUAUAAUUGCCGUCAAAUUUGUGUA